AUGUCCGCCUAUCAAACCAAUGACAGACCAUUGUCCCAACAGGCCAUUUACCAGCGGAAAUUGAGACUGGGUCAGUUCACUUCCCCUGGUGUCCCUUCGGUGGGCGUCAGCUCGUCCGCCUCAGACUCCGCUGCCUUAUUGGCAGCAUCUGCUGACUUGACGGUGAAGCCUUCCUACGAACGUUUACAGGCAGCUCCUGAAGCCCAGACAGCAGCAUUGGCUGCUAGAACCCAGUCCAUCUCUUCAUGGCAAAGAAGCCACACUGACGCUGAUGCUGAUGCUGCUGCCGCCCAUGCUAAGAUUUCCGACCAGCCAACAGGAGGCAAGACUGAAUUGGGCAUCCCUGACUCGUAUGACAAGGGAAAUGUGUUUAAACGUGCUACCAGCAAUUCCACAUACUCUAUCACUUCGAGAAUUACCCCAGAAAAGCUGGUGUCGAAGCACGGAUUGGCUUCUACCCCUAGGACUACCCCUGCUUCUACUCUUAACAUUGGAAAGAUUUCUCAAUUGGCUGACCAGAGCUCUUCGAAGACAUUGAACUCUCGUUUCAACCCUGAUCCUGACUAUCGUCAUGGCGUGAAGUCUCCCCCAGCUGAAUACUUGAACGAAGAGGAGGAGUAUGAGGCUGCUUCUUCUGCCGCGGCCGCCCUUAAGAUGAAACACGGUGGUAACUACACCAAUGCUGUCUCCUCGCAAAAGAGAACAAAAGGCUUUAACGCUGUCGAUGUGGUAGACGCAACAUUGUUGGCCGCUGCAAGCAAGAAGGCUUCUGAGAGAUUGACGUCCCUCCAGGCAAUUGGCCACGCCGAUUUGAGAGCCCAGGCUCAGCUUUACUCUAAGGCCUUGGUUGCUGCCCACAAGAACAGUGAGGAGCGAAUCAAGCAGAGUAAGGCUGGCCUCAUUGACCUCGGUGGAGGCUUGCAGCUUCCUUACAGCGAGAUCGACAAGAUGGCUGCUUUGAUUGUAGGCCCUGUUCUUCUGGACAUUGAUAAGAAGGCGGCUGCUCAAAGAGACCAUGAUGUUGCCGCUGCCAAGAAGCGUGAAGAAGCACGUGCUGCUCACAAGAACUUCAAGAUGGAAGAAGCUGCUAGAAAGCAGAGAGAGAAAGAAGAACAACAGAAGGAGCAUCAGGAUAGAAUCACUGCUAACGAAAAGAGGAAGCGCGAGGAGGAUGACUUAUACACUGAGCACCAGAAGAAGAGACACGAGGAAGUGGAAGUAAAGACCCAGGAAUUGAAAGAUUUGGAAGCCAAAUAUGCAUCAGAGAAAGACGAUUUGUUGCAACAGAAGAAACAAAAUGAAGAUGAAAUUGAGGAAGAGGAGACAGGCUUCAAGAAUGAGCGUAAGGAAGAGUUGGACAACAUGCAAUCAGAAAGAGACGAAGAGAUCAAACCUCUCCUUGACGAAUUAGCAGAGGAGAACGGGAAAUUAAAAGAGUUGACUGACGAAAAGGACAAAUUGGCCGAAGAAGUGGAAGCUGCUGAGAAGCAGAAGGAGGAGUACGAGACCAAGAUUGCCGAAUUGGAAGCUCAAUUGGAAGAGACUGAAAAGAACCACGAACACUACACAGCAGAAUUAGCCGAUGCAACUCAGAAGCGUGAGGCUGCUGACAAGGAGGUUGAAGAGCUUACCAAUACACACGAGUCCGACUUGAAGCACCACAAAGAGGCCCAUGAGGAUUUGGAUGCACGUAUCAAGGAAUUGGAGAAGCAAAAGGAACAACACACCAUUUCCAGAGACGAGCACAAGAGAGAAAUCUUGAAGCAUCUUGAUGAACGUGUGAAGGACGAGCACAAUAUAAACAAGGAGUUGCCCGAGCACUUGCGUCAAGAGGUCGAUGAGAAGAAACUUCGUGAUGUUGGAUCGCUUUUUGAUUAUGAGCCUGUUGAAAAGAAGGAGGUCGUUAAACCUAGUUCAAAGAAGGCCACUGAAGAUGCUGGCAAGUUAGAGAGCGAUAAAAUUUCAGCUCCAAAGGAAGCAGCAUCCGCCCCUAAAAGCGCUCCUAAAGUUGCUAAGGAGGACGAGAGUAAACUAACCAAGACUGCAAGUACGUCAUCAACUCCUAAGCGUAAGAGUCUCCGGUCGAGAUUGUCAAGCUUCGCUCUGUCUUUCAGAAAUGAACCCAAAAGUGAAGUUCCUGCUCUGAAAUCUGUGGAGAAGAAGGCCAAUAAGCCCACUACCGAAAAUGCUGAGAGAUCAUCGGAUGUGAGCAACUUCGAGGAUGAUCUUUCCAUCAAAGAUGGGCACAAGAAGGGUGGUGUUUUCAAAGAGGAGAUUUAA